GCGCCUACACCAGUACACGCACCUCCACUAACAAUCUUUUCUGAGGAUGAAGCUCUUCUCAAGGAAACAGCAAACAAGUUCGCAGACGAAAUGGUCGCUCCCCUUGUCAAGAAAAUGGAAAAAGACAAGAAAAUUGACGAAGGACUCCUGAAAGCUCUUUUUGAUAAUGGGUUCAUGGGCCUGGAGAUAGACACUAAGUACGGUGGUGAGGCUUCGUUUUUCUCCAGCAUUCUGAUAAUAGAGGAGAUAUCGAGGGUCGAUCCAGCUCUGAGCAUCAUAGUCGACAUUCAAAAUACUCUCGUCAAUGCGAUGAUAGCCAAGCUGGGCACACAGCACACAAAAAGACGUACUUGCAAGACACUAAGUACGGUGGUGCAGGUCUUCGUUUUUCUCCAGCAUUCUGAUAAUAGAGGAGAUAUCGAGGGUCGACCCCCUCUGAGCAUCAUAGUCGACAUUCAAAAUACUCUCGUCAAUGCGAUGAUAGCCAAACUGGGCACACAGCAACAGAAAGACAAGUACUUGCCAAGGCUUGCUACUGAUAUGGGAUACAGAGGUAUAACUUGCUUCAUCGUUGAAAGAGAUACUCCUGGAUUAUCAAUUGGAAAGAAGGAGGAUAAACUUGGCAUGAGAUGCUCUGGAACCUGUACUGUCAAUUUUGAUAAUGUUCGGGUGCCAGAGUCGAAUAUACUGGGUGAGUUUGGCAGUGGCUACAGAUACGCGGCUGGUUUCUUGAACCAGGGCCGGAUUGGGAUUGCAGCUCAGAUGGUGGGAUUGGCUCAAGGCUGCUUCGAUGCCACUGUUCCGUACACUCUGCAGCGGGAGCAGUUUGGUAACAAGAUAUUCUCGUUUCAAUCUGUCCAGCAUCAGCUUGCCAACAUAGCAACUGAAAUAGAGUGCGCCAGGUUGCUGACGUAUAACGCUGCCAGGCUCCUAGAAGGCGGUCAUGAAUUCAUCCAACAGGCUUCAAUGGCCAAGCUCUAUGCUUCAAAUAUGGCAGCGCGCACAACAGCGGCCUGCAUAGAUUUGAUGGGUGGUGUAGGAUUCACCACUGACUUUCCACAGGAAAAGUUCUACAGAGACUGCAAAGUGGGUGCCAUUUACGAGGGAACAACCAACAUGCAGCUCAACACCAUUGCCAAGUAUUUGAAGAAGGAAUAUGAUCAGUGAACUGAUAUUUUUGUCAAUAGAGUGAUUUAGAAUGAUUUUGGAGGGGGAAUAUGAUCGAUGAACUGAUAUUUUUUUCAAUAGAGUGAUUUUGGAGGAGGAAUAUGAUCGAUGAACUGAUAUUUUGUCAAUAGAGUGUAAACAAUUCCAUAGAUUUACGGGUAAAUGUGACUGACUAUUCACCGUUCCAUUGUUAACUAUUUUUAAGUCAUUGUUGUUGAUAUGAAUCUCUUUGUAAGACGAAUAUAGUUUACUGAUGAAUUAUA